AUGCCAUGGCCCAGGCUAUGGCCCUCCUCGACAAAGGAUGAGUCAGAUUCCCAAGAUUGCCCGAAGUCGAAAACUACCAAAGGGUUGGACUCAGCAACCAAUACAGUUCACGAGACCAGCGAGUCGCUUCGGCGCCAAACAACCAAUGCAUUGCCGUCGCAGCUCGGAGCAUUCACGGAACCUCAGACGAUCAUAGCGACAGUCGUGUUGACGACGGCUUCUCUCGGUUUCUACAAGUUCUACAAGAACUACCUUCGACGAAUUCCGCAAGCCAUCAACAUCCACCCUGGCUUCUUUCGGCGGAGAAGCAUCGUGGGAAUAGUUACGAGCGUGGGAGAUGGAGAUAAUUUUCGAUUGUACCAUACGCCGGGCGGUCGACUUGCUGGUUGGGGCUGGUUUCCUGGAAGGCGAGUGCCUGUGAACAAGAAAGAGCUGAGGGAUCAAACGGUCCAUGUCCGUCUGGCAGGAAUUGACGCGCCGGAGCUAGCCCAUUUCGGACGACCUUCUCAACCAUAUGCGCAAGAUGCGCUCGAUUGGCUGACAGGGUAUGUGAUGGGCAGACGUGUUCGAGCCUACGUUUACAAGAUGGAUCAAUACAGCAGAGUGGUGGGGACUGUAUAUGUCUGGAAGGGACUUUGGCGACGCGAUGUUAGUCUCCAGAUGCUAAGAGCGGGGUUAGCCACGGUUUACGAAGCGAAAUCAGGGGCGGAGUUUGGCCAAGGACUGGAAGAGAAGUAUAGAAGGGCAGAGUGGUGGGCAAAGACCAAGAAAAGAGGUAUGUGGGCAGGAAAGAGCAAAGAUUAUGAAAGUCCACGAGAAUACAAGAGUCGCUAUGGGUCUCGGACACCGCACGAAGUCCAACAAUGA